GUUUUUCUUUUGUUUCAAUGCGUUUAUUGUUGAGACUUGUGGUGUUUAUUCCCAGCUGAGGCUUUGUAAACAUGGCUGCGGUACGGCUCUUUUCAUACGGCCGCAAUGUUUCAAGUGGCUCACUACUUGUACCGUGUGUGCGCGGUACUGCUGUAACACAAGCACGUUCUUGCUACAAGUAUGUGACUCCAGAUGAGCCCAGUAUGGAGUGGAAAGACAUCACUGACCGGGCAGCUGCCACUGUGUUUUGGACGGAACUCUGGCGAGGUGCUGCUGUAACACUGGGUCAUAUUUUCAUGGAGCCUGCUACCAUCAAUUACCCCUUUGAGAAAGGACCACUUAGCCCAAGGUUCCGUGGGGAACAUGCCUUGCGUCGUUAUCCAUCUGGUGAAGAGCGCUGUAUUGCUUGUAAAUUAUGCGAAGCCAUCUGUCCUGCCCAAGCUAUAACCAUUGAAGCAGAGGAACGGGCUGAUGGAGCUAGACGUACGACAAGGUAUGAUAUUGAUAUGACCAAGUGCAUCUACUGCGGUUUUUGCCAAGAAGCCUGUCCAGUUGAUGCUAUUGUGGAGGGUCCUAAUUUUGAGUUCUCUACUGAAACUCACGAGGAAUUGCUGUACAACAAAGAAAAACUACUCAGCAAUGGUGACAAAUGGGAACCGGAAAUUGCUGCCAACUUAAAAGCAGAUCAUUUGUACAGGUAGAAUUAUUUAACAAAGUGUUCAGUAAUAUUCAGAAUUUUUGUAAUGCUCGUAUACAGUAGCCUGAUGACUAUUGCACCUUCAAAAUUUAACCACUUCUUACCAACUAUAAAGCACUUAAAAAAAAUCUGUGUUCAGAGAAACGACGAUAAGAUAGCAUCUUCUUUAAAAUAUGUCAGGGCUUGAAAAGCCCAGGAGACACUAAAUGAAAAGUUUAAAACUGUGUAAUUAAUGCAAGAUUACUCUCCUUCACAAAAGGAAAACUGGAAAAAGACUAAUGCUCCAUUCUGAAAAAAAUUAUCUGCAUCUUAAGAGCCAUAUAAAAAUUAAAUCAUGUUUGAAUGUUUACAAAAUAUUGAGUACAUGUAACGAUAUAGUUUUGGAUUUUGUAUCUGUAUGCUUAAAAGAUGUUGCAUUAAUUCGUGUAAAUACAUAUACGUUCAGUGUCAA